AGUAGAGAGAGAGAGAGACCAAGAUCUUUGAACAAUGGCUUCAAUAUUGACAAGAAUUAUGUUGCCAACACCUCCUUCUCUUUACGUAAAUUACUCGUCUUUGAUUACAACGGCGGUAAUAUCCUUCAUCGGAUUGUCGGAGGCCUUUGGAAGCCACUUGGGGUAUUCCAAGUUCUUCAACUUGGGCUCUCAAAAUCAAAAUUACCGAGUGAAAUUGUCCAGCAGAAUAGGCAUGCUCUUGUUGUAUACGCCGUCGUUUCUUGCCGCUCUUGCUUCUUUAGUCUUGCUUUUGCCCCAUCACAAGGAUGCCAGGUUUCUUUUGCUCAGCUUGGCCUUAACCAUUCAUUAUUUCAAGAGGGAUUUUGAGGUUCUAUUCAUUCACAAAUACAGCGGAGGAAUGGCCCUUGGCAGUGCAAUUCUGAUCAGCCUCAGUUACUUCUCUUCCACUGCACACCUGAUUUAUUUCCACUACAAAUUAUAUCCAACACAAUUAGGAAAAAAUCAACAUGAUAAUCAGCAGCCAAAUAUUGAUAUGAAGUACAUUGGAGUUUUGUUGUUUUUGAUAGGGAUAAGUGGGAAUUUCUACCACCACUUUCUUCUUUCCAAAUUAAGGAAAAAUGGAGAAAAAGAGAAGUCUUACAAGAUUCCCAGGGGGGGUCUUUUUGGCUUAGUAAUUUGCCCUCAUUAUCUCUUUGAGAUUAUUGAAUUUGUGGGAUUCUGUUUCAUUUCUCAAACAUUGUAUUCAUUUUGCUUCACCAUAGGAACAAUAUUCUACUUGAUGGGAAGGAGUUAUGCCACUAGGAAGUGGUACCUUUCCAAGUUUGAAGACUUCCCAAAAGAGGUGAAAGCUCUUGUUCCAUUUGUUUUCUAAUCAGUAGUAGUAAUGCACGUGCAAGGCACGUGGUUAUGUACAAGUCUUCAAUAACGUUUUAUGUUUUGAAAAUGGUGAUAUUUUUAAAAUGUACAAGUUCUUUCAUUUUCAGA